GGACAGGAGGGGGGCUUCUCAUUGUGACUGUAGUUCGGAGUCCGGCAGACAUGCGGGGGCUGCUGGUUUUGGGGUGCGUUGCUCUUGGCGUCUUCUUGGUGACGGCGUCUCCCCAGGACCAGGCUCAGCCUGAGGUAGAAGCCAAGGAUGAGGGAGCGCAGGGAGAGUUGGUCCAUAUCCGGGAAAUCCGAUCCACGGGAGAUAAUAAAAAGAGAGGCAAUCCGCCCCGGAGGACCACCGGGUUGUACUCCGCCCUGAUCAAACUUCCCACCACACGGGACAAGAGGAACACAGAACAGAAACGCAAGAAAUGCCCUGGAUGUUACUCACCUGUGUUUAACUUAAAGGGGAAAGAGGUGAAGGUCCUCGCCCCAGUGUCACGUCAGCAAAGGGACGCAGAUGAACACGAAAAACUGAAGAGGAAGCACAAACAUCCCAAGGAGAAGAGUCGCACGAAGAGGAGAAAACACAAGAACCAUGAAGACCGGCACGCCCACCUUCAGGCAGAAGACGCGGAGAUCGGACAUAACAACCAAAAGAGGCACAAACACCCCAGAGGGAAGAAGGACAGAGAGCAGCACCGCGGAGGGAAGGACAGAGAGCAGCACCGCGGAGGGAAGGACAGAGAGCAGCACCGCAGCGGGUUAUUCAGCGCCCUUAGCGAGAGCAUAAAUAUGGACUCUAAUGGCAGACAGAGGGGACACCGCACAGGGAAGGACAGGAGCCAGCACCGCACCGGGUCUCUCACUGCCCUUGGCUUGGCCCCGUCAGAAACGAAGAAGAUGAAAAUGGACACUCAUGACAGACAGGAUAUGACAGAGUGAAGAGAAUCCUUUGACUCUCCGUCUUCCUCUUAGCCGGUGUGGACGAUGGACGAAGAUUUCUAAGUGCAUGACCUUUGUAGCCAACGUAUUUAGCCUCUAUAGCCUCACAUCACUGCUCAGUACAUAGGACAAGGCCUAUCUGUAUAUUGUCACUGGGGAAGUACUGGCGGGACCAUGAACGUAGUGUCCUCUCUGAGGGCAGGGAAGACCAGAAAGCAUAUAGGAACCAUCACCUGUAAUGAAUAAAAUAAUUACACCAAGAAA